AGGUGAAGGCGGUGAAGCUGUGCUGCACGAACCCUCUGUGGGGAAAAAAGAAGGAAGAUCUGCAGCUAAGAACCACCCAUUUUUCCUGUCUGUGAAAGGUUAUAAAUGAUUAGCCCCUAUGACAAACAUGAGCUGGAGUUUCCUCACCCGCCUGCUGGAAGAAAUCCACAAUCACUCCACUUUCGUGGGGAAGAUCUGGCUGACGGUCCUGAUCGUCUUCCGCAUCGUCCUGACGGCCGUCGGGGGCGAGUCCAUCUACUCGGAUGAGCAGAGCAAGUUCACCUGCAACACCAAGCAGCCCGGCUGCGACAACGUCUGCUACGAUGCCUUCGCCCCGCUGUCGCACGUCCGCUUCUGGGUCUUCCAGAUCAUCAUGAUCUCCACGCCUUCCGUCAUCUACUUGGGCUACGCCAUCCACAGGAUCGCCAGGUCCUCCGAGGAGGAGAAGAAGAGGUUCCGGGGCUUCAAGAAGAAGAAGCAGUUCGCGCUCAACUGGCAAGCCGUCCGCAACCUGGAGGACCCCCUGGGAGCCGAGGAGGAAGAGCCCAUGAUCGUGGACGAUGUGGCGGAGAGCGAAGAGAAGGUCAAGACGAAGGAGGAGAAGAAGAAGGAGCAGGAGCAGCAGAAGAAGAAGCACGACGGCCGGAGACACAUUCAAGAGGAGGGCUUGAUGAAGAUCUACGUCUUCCAGCUCCUCACCAGAGCCUCUUUCGAAAUCUGCUUCUUGAUAGGGCAGUACAUGCUCUACGGCUUCGAGGUCACGCCGUACUACCUCUGCACCCGGCAGCCGUGCCCCCAUGACGUCGACUGCUUUGUCUCGAGGCCAACGGAGAAGACCAUCUUCCUCCUGGUGAUGUAUGUCGUCAGCUGCCUCUGCCUGCUGCUCAACGUAGCCGAGAUGUGCCACUUGGGCAUCGGCACCAUCCGCGAUGCCAUCCGCGACCGGAAGGUGCACAGCUUCCGCCAGCCGCCCUACAAUUACGCCGCCUACCCGAAGAACAUCUCCUGCCCCCCGGAAUACAACCUGGUGGUGAAGUCGGACAAGCAGGCCAAGGUCCCCAACAGCCUGAUGGCUCACGAGCAGAACUUGGCCAACGUAGCCCAGGAGCAGCAGUGCACGAGCCCCGACGAGAACCUCCCACCGGACUUGUCCACGCUCCACAAACACUUGCGGGUGGCUCAGGAGCAGCUGGACAUUGCUUUCCAGAGCUACAACCACACGCAGGCGAACGGGCAGCCGCCGAGAACCAGCAGCUCGGCGUCCGGCGGGAUGGUGGCAGAGCAGAACCGGGCCAACACCGCGCAGGAGAAGCAAGGGGCUAAGCCCAAAGCCAGCUCAGAGAAAGGUAGCUCAAACGGCAAGGAUGGGAAGAACUCCGUGUGGAUCUAACAAGGUAUAUAGCCUGACGACGACGAGGUGGGGGGUGGCUUCUCUGUCGGGAACGGAACCGGUCCCAAGACAGCGCUAGCAAUGGGGUUCUUUUUUGUUUUGGUCUUGCCAUUGUG